AUGAUUGAAGCACUUCAAACCAAUACCAUGCCACCAAAAUCGCAUACCAAAUCAAAAAAUUCAGUUGAGCAGGAGGGGAGGAUGCUCCUUGCAAUAUCUGCUUUAAACAAUAAUGAAAUAUCCAAUAUUCGUGAAGCAGCACGUGUUUAUAAUGUGCCACGCUCUACUCUCCAAGACCGGCUACGCGGAAAGACAUAUCGGGAUGAGACACGCGCAAAUAAUCAUAAAAUGACUCAAAAUGAAGAGGAAUCGCUUGUACAAUGGAUACUAUCACUUGAUCGACGUGGAGCAGCUCCCCGACCAGCUCAUAUUCAGGAAAUGGCUAAUAUUCUACUCUCAAAGCGGGGCCAUACAACCACAACAACUGUUGGAGAUAAAUGGGUCUAUAACUUUAUCAAACGCCAUGACAUGCUUAAAUCCCGAUUCUCCCGACGCUAUAACUACCAACGUGCUGAGUGUGAAGACCCCAAAAUCAUCAAGGAGUGGUUUGAUCGGGUGCAAAUUACUAUCAUGCAACAUGGGAUUGCGCUUGAAGAUAUCUACAACUUUGAUGAGACAGGAUAUGCAAUGGGCCUUAUAGCUACUGCUAAAGUAGUUACCAGAGCAGAGAUGACUGGCCGGCCCUUUCUUGUACAGCCAGGAAACCGGGAAUGGGUUACAUCUAUCGAGUGUAUCAACUCUACAGGAUGGGCUCUACCACCAUGCAUUAUCUUCAAAGGGAAGGUCCAUAUUGAGGGAUGGUAUCAAGAUGAGGCCUUGCCAAAGGACUGGAGGAUUGAAGUCAGUGAUAACGGAUGGACAACUGAUCAAAUCGGACUACAAUGGCUUCGAAAUACCUUUAUUCCAGCUACAAAUGGCCGUAUGACUGGAAAAUACCGCCUCCUGAUUCUUGAUGGCCAUGGAAGUCAUUUAACACCUCAAUUUAAUGAAAUAUGCAAUCAAAAUGAUAUUAUACCAAUCUGCAUGCCAGCACAUUCAUCGCACCUUCUACAACCUCUUGAUGUGGGCUGUUUCGCGCCUUUGAAGAAGGCAUAUGGCCGUUUGGUUGAGAAUAAGGCACGGCGCAACUUCAACCAUAUUGACAAACUUGACUUUCUUGAGGCCUAUCUGUUACAGACCUCGUUGUGUCAGACUCACGUGAUGACACGGGAGCUAGGACAGAAUCAUUGGAUGAUGGUUAGAGAAGGAUAUGCGGGAAGCGACAGGGAUCAAGUUGAUAUCCGAACGGGUCACGUGAUAUGGUAUAUGGUAUAUGGCACGGUAUACAGGAUGGUAUAUGGUAUAUGGUAUACGGGUUACAACGUGGCACACGAACUGGUAUACGGACCAAAGGAUAUAUAA